AUGUCGAACAUACCAAACGCGCCUGCAAAAGUGGAACUAACAGUCACGUUUUACGAACGCGGAAACACCAGUGAAAUUACAGCACCAAUUGAGACAAUGGUCAUUGGUACAGAUUACACCAGAAACUCGUCAACUGUGGUCCUUGUUCCUAUCCCGUCUAUCACAAGACCGACAAAGAUAGACGUAUGGCGUGACGGGAUUGAUUCUACCCUUUGGAAACUGUUGAAGUUGACCAUGGAAAGUUCAUCGUAUACUUUUACGUUUGAAUGCGACUGCUUGAUUGGUACUGACAGCGCUAAGUCCACCAUAUUUCCAACAGAAGACUUGUGGCAGAUUGAGACAGAAACCAGCGUGAAAACUUACGCUGGAUCUCGUAGUGAUUUUAGCCUUACGGUAUGGGACAGUACUGGUAUAAGCCAAACAAUCAUGUUUUAUAAAAGGUUCAAGCAAGGAGAAACAACAACCAUAGAUAAUCUGUCCUUACAUCUGAACAGUCCUGUAAAAUACAGUUUGCAGAUGGUUGGAAACAAGGACGGUACAAAGCCUGAUUGUUUUACAAGUACAACCUAUACCACUACAACUUCUACCACCACAACAACCGUUCCUACUACCACUACCAUCACCGUUCCUACUACCACUACCACCACCAACACUCCUACUACGAUUACCACUACUGAACCAUCAGCAUCAACUGAGAUACAGUCAACCAGGGAAAUGAACACCAAGAAAGAAGCUGUUGAUUGGAAGAUCAGUGUUACAACUGGCUACAUGUUGAACGCAUCCUUCACUAAAGCCGACUUUACAGUCACAUUCUACGAACGCGGAAACACCAGCGAAAAGGAUAUGUGGGCAAUACAGACAACAACUGGAAAGAUAAGUUCUCGUGCUGCUAACGCAACAUUCAGCAUUACUGUGUGGGACAGUACAGCGCCUGAUUGUCCUAUAACCACCACCUCCACCACCAAUGCCGUUACCACCACUCCGACAGCACCACCAUUCGAGACGCUGUCCACCACAACAGAGAUUUUCAGAAAUGUCACAUCUGAUGUAUCUUACAAUGUCAACAGUGAGGUUAUUCGAGCGGAGAAAGUUGCAGACGAUAAAGACAGUGCUGGUGAAGAUGUUGCUGAUGCUGGUUGCAGGACGCGAUACACUCAAUCAAAGUACUUAGAAUACUUCAAUACUGAUCAUGCAGAGGAGUCAUUGUGA